CUGUAACGGGGGUUUUGACAUGGCGCACACUGCAAGGAUCUGUUCACGGAUGCAUCCUUGACGAUCUCAAUAUCAAGCACCCGUACCCAGCAGCCUGGAUGACGCCGCCUUCAUCCGAUUGUGGUGUCUGCAUGCCUUUGCUUGCCACGGCGACGUCGCCCCCAACGCUCCGUGGACUCCUGAUGCCUGUAUAUUAAUCCUCCCCAAGCACCGUCAUCUUGGCUCUCCAGCCUGCAUUCGCUCCUUCUUUUGCUAGGUUCUGGCACCUCAGUCUUUCUUUGUCGUUUGUUAUUACCAGGGUCAUCUAUAAGUAAUCCAACAUGAAGGCAUUCACCGUAAUUUCUUUCUUGACUUCAGUUGCUGCGGCGCGGUUUAUUGAUGGUGCAUCUCACACGCCAUUCAGUGGCGUCAAUGUCAAGCGUGCCGUCAACGACUCUGCCUCGUCCACGACUCUCGAGGAUUAUGAGUAUGUGAUUGUCGGGUCUGGUGCUGGUGGUGCCCCUUUGGCCGCGAAACUCGCUCUAGGCGGGCACAAGGUGCUUCUACUCGAGGCAGGUGGCGAUGAGACGAACUCUACUCAAUACAACGUACCGGCUCUGCAUGCGGUCGCCUCAGAGUACGAGCCCAUGCGCUGGGACUUCUUCGUAAAACAUUUCGAUGAUGAGGCCGAGAUGAGGAAGGAUACGAAACUUACCUAUGAGCUGGCCGACGGAACACGCUACACUGGCGCAAACCCGCCUCAGGGAGCUCAGCCUCUGGGUAUCCUCUACCCUCGUGUUGGAUCCCUCGGUGGCUGCACCAGCCACAACGCCCUCAUCACCAUCUAUCCCUACCGCAGUGAUUGGCAGUAUCUCCAGGACAUCACCGGAGAUAACUCUUGGGCUCCUGACAAUAUGCGCCAAUACUUCGAGCGCAUCGAAAAGUCUCGCUACUUGCCGAACAGUAUUGUGGGCCACGGAUUCAGCGGUUGGCUCGAGACUUCAUUGACCCAGCUAACGCUCAUUGCCCAAGACUUCAAGGUGCUCUCGCUAGUCGUUGCCGCUGCCACUGGAAUGGGCCAAACUCUUCUUGGCUCUCUCAUUACCUCAGUCACUGGCCUGGCUCAGAUCUUGCUUCGCGAUAUCAACCACAAUGGUGCUGGACGAGACUCUCAGGAGGGCUUGUGGCAAGUUCCUCUAGCCAUGAAGAUUCCCGAAUACAAGCGUGCUAGUCCUGUGGAUCUUCUGAACUCCGUCGUCAACGCAAAGAAUGCAGACGGCAGCCGGAAAUAUCAGCUCGAUAUUCAGCUCAACACGCUGGUUACCACCGUGAGGUUCGAAGAAGGCACGAGCGGCAAGCCAAAGGCAACUGGUGUUAACUUUUUAACCGGGCAGUCAUUGUACGGUGCCGAUCCUCGUCGCCAGUCAGGGGCUGCGACCGGUAAGGGCACCCCAGGCUCGGUCACUGCCACUCGCGAAGUCAUCUUGUCGGCCGGCGCCUUCAACACACCUCAGAUCCUCAAGCUGUCCGGCGUCGGUCCUAAGGCUGAGUUGGAUAAAUUCGGAAUUGAGGUCGUCAAAGAUCUUCCAGGUGUAGGCACCAAUUUGCAGGACCGAUACGAAAUCCCCAUGACAGGUGCGGCGCCAUCAUCGCUCGCAUUGCUCAAGGGUUGCACUUUCCUGAAAGGUUACGAUGCCUGCCUGGAGAAGUGGGAGGAUCAGCCGGCCAUCAACAAGGGUACCUACGCAACCAAUGGUGUUGCUAUUGCGAUCACGAAGAAGGCCAAAAAUUCCCCCAAUGGCAACGCCGAUUUGUUUGUGGCUGGAUGGCCCGCGUACUUCAACGGUUACUACCCGAACUACUUCGAGAACGCAACUGCGGGAGGUAACCACUGGACAUGGCUGACGCUGAAGGCCGAGUCGCGCAACAAUGCUGGUACCGUCACUCUCCGCAGCACAGAUCCGCAGGACGUUCCGGAUAUCCGCAAACGCAACUUCGAUGUCGGUGGUGACGAGGAUCUCGAUGCGCUUGUCGAAGGUCUCAAGUACGGACGACAGGCAUUCAAGGACCUAAUCCCUCUCGAUGGCAAGUUCACGGAGGUGUGGCCUGGCAGCAAUAUCAAGACGGAUGCGCAGCUGAGGGAGUUUACCAAGUACGAGGCUUGGGGACAUCAUGCGUCUUGCACUGCUCCCAUUGGUGCUGAUAACGAUGUCAACGCGGUGCUCGACACCAACUUCAAGGUCAGAGGUAUCGAUAGCCUGAGGGUGGUAGACGCGAGCUCGUUCCCCAAGAUUCCGGGCACCUACCUUGCUGUGCCUAUAUACAUGAUUGCCGAAAAGGCGUCCGACAUCAUCUUGGCGGAUGCUAAAAAGUCGUCAUAGACGUUGAAAUGGCGGAUGUGAUAUAUCAGGCUGCAGGCACUGUACCCAUGUUAGCCGCCGUGCGAGCACACGUAAUAAUUAAUUUCUUCACCC